CUCUUCCGCCGCUGCUCCCCGCACAGCCGCAGUCUACGGCGCGCCGCCUCGCGCUCUUUUCUCCUUCUCCUCCUUCGUCCGCUUUCAGGCAGAAGAGAGGACCAGCAUCUCCCCAUCCUCCCUUUACCAGGUUGCCCGUCUGUUCUACCCGGCGCUGCUGCUGCUGCUGCUGCUGCUGCUGCACCAUCCUUAUCAAUAGCAUGGAAAUACAAAGCUGCCGUUCCUUCAUCUAGACGCCAAGUGUCACCUCAUUGAGUCAAGACGGGGGACACAAUGAGUGAGGAACCACCGGUCACCCCCAGCUGGCUGAACCCUGACCCCACAGCCUGGGCCAGCGGAGGUGGGGGACCAACGGACAACAGCACCAGCCUGGGGACAUUCCCACCUGACCCUCUGAUGCCCAGCCAGCUGCCCCUGCUUGUUAACCCCUGGGACAUUGUACUGUGCACGUCGGGGACUCUGAUUGCCUGCGAGAACGCCUUGGUGGUGCUGGUGAUCUGGCAGAACCCGGCGCUCAGAGCCCCCAUGUUCCUGCUGAUUGGCAGCCUGGCUCUGGCUGACCUGCUGGCUGGCCUGGGUCUGGUGCUGCACUUCACCUGUGCCUACCUGGUCCGCUCAGAUUCUGCCCAGCUGCUGACCGUGGGCCUGGUGGUGGCUUCCUUCUCGGCCUCAGUCUUCAGCCUGCUGGCCAUCACAAUCGACCGCUACCUGUCUCUGUACUACGCCCUCACCUACAACUCGGAGCGGACGGCGGCCUUCACCUAUACCAUGCUGGUGCUGUUGUGGGGCCUGUCGCUGUGUCUGGGCCUGCUGCCGGUAACGGGUGUCAACUGCCUGGCGGAGGAGGUGACGUGCAGCGUGGUGCGGCCGCUCACAAAGAACAACAUCGCCGUGCUGUCUGUCUCCUUCCUACUGCUCUUUGGCCUCAUGCUGCAACUCUACGUCCAGAUCUGCAAAAUCGUGAUGCGCCACGCUCACCAGAUCGCCCUUCAGCAUCACUUCCUGGCUGCCACGCCCCACUACGUCACAACGAGGAAGGGCGUGUCCACUUUAGCAAUCAUCCUGGGUACCUUCGCUGCCUGCUGGAUGCCGUUCACUGUCUACUCCCUCAUUGCUGACUACACCUACCCGCCGCUUUACACCUAUGCCACCCUGGUGCCUGCCACAUAUAACUCUGUCAUCAACCCCGUCAUCUACGCCUUCAGGAACCAGGAGAUCCAGAAGGCGCUGUGGCUGGUUUGCUGUGGCUGUGUGCCGGCCAGUGUGGCCCACCGCGCAAGGACCCCUAGUGACGUGUGAGCGAGUAGACACAGGUGGGAAGCGAAAGGCACCCUGGGUCAGCUCUGCUCCACACUGGAUGUGUCCGGUGUCAAAGCGAGCAGCCGCCAGGAAGGUCAGGGGCAUUCAGUUCUGACUGGAGAUGUUUCUGGAAGAGGCAGCUUGGUCAGACAUCCACAGCCCACCUUUGAUGGAUGGCAUUAUUUUCCUUUGUUCAGUCACCAUAGGGCGAAAGCAUCUCACUGUCUUCCCCAGCAAAAAGGCGGCCUGAGCGCGAGCAGCAUCCCGCCCUCCUGUUCAACUCGCGCCACGCCCUUCCUCUGUUCUGCAGAGAGCGCUGAGUGCGUCACGUGUUACAGGCAGCAGCUGAAUAUAGAAUGUGCAUUUGGUUAACAGCACGGGAGCUUUGGUUGACACGUGCCAGUC